UCACUUAUAGUUAACUUUAGCUGGCUGAAAUAUCAGCCAUUUUUGUCCCAAAUUGAUUGUUGUACGCGUAACUGCUUCGGGUCCAUUCGUCCUUAUGAGAUGAAGGUGUUGGAUAUUCAUCAAAAUGAAAUCAUUCAUUUUUAUCGUCCGUUGGCUUGUUCGAGUUGUUGUUUUCCAUGUUGUUUGCAAUCGAUCGAAGUAUCAGCUCCACCCGGUCAGGUGAUUGGACACAUUGAACAGGAAUGGACCUUGUGCUAUCCACAUUACUCGAUCAAAAACCAUAUGGGGGAAACAGUUUUGCGAAUCGAAGGUCCACUUUGUACAUUUUCUUGUGGUGGCGAUGUUGAUUUUAAUAUCCUUUCGUUGGAUGGAACAAAAGUCGGCAAAAUAUCAAAACAAUGGUCUGGUUUAGCUCGAGAAUUGUUCACAGACACCGAUUACUUUGGUAUUAAUUUCCCAAUGGAUUUGGAUGUUCGAAUGAAAGCCGUUAUGCUUGGUGCCUGCAUGUUAGUUAAUUCAAUGUUUUACGAAAGAGAUAGAAAUCGCAAUUCUUCAAGCGAUAACUAA